ACCUCCGGACAUACACCGUAAACUGUACUCUAUACCACCUGUCCGUCCUGUGUCUUUUGCGUGUCGAUUCCAGGGCUGCAUAAAUGCGUCGUCCAUUCAAGGCAUUUCGUGCGCCGUUUGCAGCGGAACACUGACACAAACUCUGUCAGACGCGGACGAACUUCUAGUGGACCGAACUCAACUCGGGUUAGCCGCAGUAACAUCGCUAUGACAAUACACGGAAAAGAAGCUUGGCGAGAUGUGCCACGCAUUGCCUACGAGUUGCGCUUCUUCGAGAUAUAAAGCAGGCGGUCGGCCCAACUUGCCGUUCAUGAGCGAUCCAGUUCUCAGUACCUCAACAUUGAUCAAGACGUCAAUCCAAUCUCAAAACCAUCCUUAAUAUGCCCGUCUUUCAAAACGAGCGCGACCGCGCCAGCCUCUUUUACCGCUACUACAUCCCCUCUUCGUCCCCUCACCGACCGGCAUCGACCGUUGUGCGCCAGCCGCUGACGCUCGUCUUCCUGCAUGGCUGGCCCAUGUCCUCGCGCAUGUACGACCAGUUGAUUGUACCGCUGGUUGAGACACACCGCUUCCCCGUCAUUGCGCCGGAUCGGCGCGGGUUCGGCAACAGCGACUGGGCGACCUCCCUCACGGGCGAGGUGACCUUCGACACCUUCGUCGAGGACGCCGUGGCCCUGCUCGAGCAUGUGAUGCAGAGGAAUCCCGGGCCUUUCGUCUUCGUGGGCGCGAGCAUGGGCACAGCCGAGUCGGUUCUCGCCCAUUCAGCCAGCGAGUUCCUGAGGGAGCAUUGCAGGGGCUUCGUCUGGAUCGGGCCCAACAUGCCGUACCCCGUCCGCUGUGACGAGUCCCCUGAGGCCAUGGAAGCAGAACAGUGGGAGGGGCUCAUCCAGUCCUUCCGCGGAGCCGGCGGCAAAGAUUUCAUCCUCGAGGCAAUUCCAGGCGUCUUCCGCUUGGACCUGGGCAACACCGUCGGCCAGAGCACCCUGCGGUUUUUUGAGCGGCUUGUGUGGCAGGUCGAUCCGGUCGCCCUGGAGCGGACAGCGGUCAUCCUCCAAAAGUCCAUGGGGGCAGAGCUCAAGGAAAUGGCCAAGGUCGCUGCUGCCGAUGAAAAGAAUAAGGUGCCCAUCUUGAUCCUCCACGGCGAUUCCGACGCUGGCAUGCCGCUCAAGACAAGCGCGGCCGUAGUCCACGAGUUGCUCCCCUGGUCGCAGCUGAAGGUGUACGAGAAGGCCGGGCAUGGUAAGUUUCUUUCUCCCGACACAAUACUACGCGAUAAAGAGGCCUAGGAAGCUGACGGAGCUUGUAGGGCUCUAUCUGACACAUACUGAGCAAGUGCUCGACGACAUUCUUGCUUUCUUGGAGCCGAUUGCUGCUCGGGAACGUCAAUAAAAUGGCG